AUGUCCUAUGAUCGAUAUCUCGCCAUCUGUUACCCAUUACACUACGCCUCCAUUAUGAAUGCUACAAACUGUCUCUACCUUGUCAUCUUUUCUUGGGUCUUUUCCUACAUUCUUAUUUCAAGUGAAAUUAUUUCUAUAUUCCAGAUGCGGUUCUGUGGGUCAGGUGACAUUGACCAUUUCUUUUGUGACAUAGCUCAAAUUUUCGAAAUGUCAUCUUCCGACAACACCAUUCUCAUUUGGAAUGAUUUUGUAAUCGCCUUGCUUACUAUCUUUUUUCCGUUUCUUUUUGUUGUUGUAUCUUACAUCUGCAUCUUUGUUACCAUCCUCAAGAUUUCUUCUAUCACUGGACGGAAAAAGUCUUUCUCUACCUGUAGCGCUCACCUGCUGGUUGUCUGCGUUUACUACGGCACUCUCAUGGCUAUCUAUAUGGUGCCAUCUGGAGAAAAUUCUCAGAAUCAAAACAAGUUUAAGUCUUUAAUCUACACAGUGUUAACACCGCUUAUUAACCCUAUAGUUUACAGUCUGAGGAACCAGGAGAUCUUAGGGAGCUUAAAGAAACUUAUUAAGAAGCAUAUACAAGCAGAAUGA